AUGCGGCUAAGUCAGACCAGCAUGUCUUCCUCCGCUUUGCCUUUGCCACACAGAUGCUCGUUCACCACCACCACCUCAUUCGCCCAAUCCAACCGUACAUAUUCUUCAACACCUGUAAACAACAAAGCCCCAUUGGCUUCUCCCCACCUUGAUCAACAAUGCUCUUCCCAGGACUCCAUCAAACGCCAUUUCGACCACGGCUUCCCUCAAAAGCCAAAAACCAUUCGGUACCGUUUUAGCCAGCUCUGCAAAGAGGGCCAAAUACAUGUUGCCCGCCAACUGUUCGACUCAAUUCCUCAACCAACUACGGUUCUCUGGAACGCGAUUAUCAUUGGGUAUAUUUGCAACGACUUGCACCAUGAAGCCAUUGCUUUGUAUUCCAAAAUGAUGAAGAGUUCCAGUCAGCACCAGCCUGAUCCUUACACUUUCUCAUCUGUUCUGAAAGCUUGCGCCGAAACGAAAGAGCUCAGAAUAGGUAAAGCAGUUCAUUGUCAUAUUUUGAGGUCGGGUAUAUACGCUGGUAGGAUUGUGUAUAACUCUCUUUUGAAUGUGUAUGCCACUUGCCUGAGCAGUUUUGAUGCUUUAUAUAGCUGUGACUUGGUGAAAAGGGUGUUUAGUACUAUGCCUAAAAGAAAUGUGGUUGCUUGGAACACCAUCAUUUCUUGGUAUUUGAAAACAGAGAGACCUGUUGAAGGGCUAGUCCAUUUUGUGAUGAUGUUGAAAAUGGGUAUAAAACCGACUCCUGUUAGUUUUGUUAAUGUGUUUCCGGCCACUUCUAGAGUGAUGGGUGUUCAAAUUGCUCAUGUUCUUUAUGGCAUGGUUAUUAAAUUUGGGGAUGAGUAUGUUAAUGAUUUGUUUGUUGUGAGUUCAGCAAUAUAUAUGUAUGCUGAGCUCGGUUGCCUUGCUGAAGCUAGGAGGAUUUUUGACCAUUGCUUGGAGAGGAAUAUAGAGAUUUGGAACUCUCUCAUUGGUGGAUGUGUUCAGAAUAAUUGUGCCAUUGAAGCACUUCAUCUUUUUCUCGAAGCACUAGAGGCACAAGAUGAUGUUGGAGUUGAUGAUGUGACUUUUCUUUCAGCGUUAACUGCAACAUCACAAUUGCAGAGUCUAGGUUUUGCUCAGCAGCUACACGCAUCCUUGAUUAAGAAUUCAUUGGUAUCACAUGCUAUCCUUCAAAAUGCCAUUGUGUCCACGUAUUCGAAGUGCAAUAGCAUUAGUGAAUCAUUUCGAGUUUUUAAUGGAAUGCAAGAAAGAGAUAUUGUUUCUUGGAAUACAAUGGUUUCUGCACUAGUACAGAAUGGAAUGGAUGUUGAGGGAUUGAUGCUUGUGCACGAGAUGCAAUCUCAAAAAUUUAUGAUUGAUGGUGUAACUAUCGCUGCUGUACUUUCUGCAGCAUCAAAUUUAAGAAAUCUGGAUAUUGGAAAACAGACCCAUGCUUACUUGAUCAGGCAUAGAAUUCAAUUUGAAGGGAUGAAUACUUAUGUAAUAGAUAUGUAUGCUAAAUCUGGUAUGAUGAAAGCUGCACAAGCAGUGUUCAAUAUGAACUGCUCAAAGGAUAGAGACCCAGCCAUGUGGAAUGCUAUGAUUUCAGCAAAUACCCAUAAUGGGUUAAUUGAGAAAUCUUUUGCUGUCCUUAGGCAGAUGCUUGAGCUGGAUCUCACUCCAACUGCUGUCACAUUGGCAUCAAUUCUCCCUGCAUGCAGUCAGUCGGGAAGUUUAGCUCUGGGUAAGGCAAUCCAUGGUUUUGCUAUUCGCAACUUUCUGGAUGAUAAUGUCUUUGUGGGCUCUGCCCUGGUGGACAUGUACUCAAAAUCAGGUGCAAUCCACUAUGCAGAAAGUGUUUUUGAAAAGUCACCCAAUAAAAAUUCUAUUACUUAUACUAACAUGAUAGUGGGUUAUGGCCAACAUGGGAUGGGUGACAAAGCUAUCUUGCUUUUUGAUGCCUGGAGGGGAAGUGGAUUCCAACCUGACGGAGUUCCCUUCCUAGCGGCCUUGUCUGCAUGCAGUUAUUCAGGAUUGAUUACUGAAGGUCUUCAAAUUUUUGAGUCAAUGAGCGAUCAUGAGGUGCAGCCCUCUCUGGAGCACUAUGCUUGUGUGGUGGACAUGUUAGGACGAGUUGGUAGAGUGGUUGAAGCAUACAUGUUUGCUGAUGAAAUAGAUGAGGAGUGUAAUGUUCUAGGAAUCUGGGGUUCACUUCUUGCUGCUUGUCGAAUACAUAAAAAUUUUGAAUUGGGAAAAGUUGUUGCUGACAAGUUGCUUGCCUUGGCCGGAGGAGAUAAGACGACAGGUUACCAUGUGCUACUUUCAAAUAUUUAUGCAGCCGAAGGAAACUGGGAAUAUGUAAAUAGGGUGAGAAGAGGAAUGAGGGAAAAAGGUCUGACAAAAGAGGUAGGGUGCAGUUGGAUUAACAUUUCUGGUGUAGCACACUGUUUUGCAUCUAAAGAUGAAGCCCAUCCUGUCUGCUGUGAGAUAUAUGAAAUGUUGGGGUAUUUGAGCACCAAUAUGAAGGAUGCUGGUUAUAGUGCUUCUUUGAGAUGGCAAGAAGUUUGGAUCUCAGAAUUUGGGGAGUGAAUAUUUAUACUGUAUUCAAUGCAACAGGAUCCCAUAAUUGGAAGAAAAUUCAUGUGAUUAUGCAGUCACCUGUUUGGGUUGGGCAGCAUAAGAUAGACAAAGAGACUCGGAACGUAUUGGCUACAUUUUAGUCGUCCUCCAUUUGCACGUGAUUCUCACGUGUUUGUUGGUUAACAAUUAACAAUUGGACGAAAGAGUUCUGAGGGCGAUUUUUUAAUGCGGGGCUCGAUGGACAUUGGCAGCUUACCCACUUUGCCAGGCAACUUCGCACGUUUCUACCCACUCCCUCAGUGCUUUUCCUUUCUUCAUUUUUUCAUUCAUCUCCCUCUCCUCUUCAUCCUUCUUCUUCCUCUUUUAUUUUGUUUUCUUAAUUUUUUUGGUCAAAAUUGCCUUCUUUCGUUUACCCUUUCUGCUGUAUGUAGAAGUAUGUGAUAAACGAGGACAAAGCUGAGAUUCUUCUAAGCUUUUAGGUGGUAUUCUUCUCUCUCCUCCAAACCCCAAAGUUCCGCCAUCUGUUUCUUGCUUGGUAUCAGGAACAAUGGUUCAAUGUAUAUCAAAAGUAGACCUUGUUCUACCCGCUCCCUCUCUUUGGCUUGUCUCUUGGAUAUCUCCUUCGUUGUCGACCACGUGUUCUUGAUUUCCCAAGGGAAGAGAGUCAAAUACAAAUUUCUAGAUCUCCUGCCAAUCAAAUGUGCAAAUGGUCCCUUCCUGAAUAGAAGUGCCAAAUUAUUGAACAACUUGAGCAAAGGAUUGUAAUGAUGGAAACUUCAUUAAGCAGGUUUGGAAUGAUCUUGGAUUCUGUUCAGAGUGACAUCAACCAAGUCGAUAAAGAAACAAAAGAAUUAGUGUUUGAGGAUAAGUAUUCAAUUCUACUACUACCCUUUUGUUUUUCUGUAUUUUGUGCGGACCAGAUCCAUCGAGCUUUGCAUGUCCGUUAACUUUCAUUUUUUAUGACUUUUAUUACCUGUUGAUGACUAUAAACAUUCAGAAGCCCAAACUUCUUCACUCUUCAGGCACUUAAUUCAAUCAAUUACCGGAAAAAAAGGAACACUACAGAAUUUUCUUGAAGGUAGUAAAGAGUUCAGAGCUUCAUAGUCACACUGUAUCAGAUGAAUUUCAAGUCUUGGGCUCUUUAAUUUGCUCAAGGACAGUUUGCCUAACGCAGAUUUUUUUCCCCUGCAGUUGGGUCCUUUUUUUACCAUAGAAGUUUUGUCUCCUAUUUCACCAACUAGCUACUACCAUUGGAAGUCCUCCUGUGAUCGCUGUGCACUGAACUUGUAGGAUAUUCAUGGUUUCUGAAUACUCUUUAUGUGAUAUCCAUGAUGCUGUUGUACGAGGAUGUGCAUUUAUACUACGUUGGGACAUCGUCUGCCAUGCAAAUGAAUGUUCUUUUGUGAGCCAUCCUUUACCAUCCAACAGGAAGAGUUUACAAGUAAUAGAUAGCUAAUGAUUUACGAGUAGCAGAAAUUUGAAGUAAACAUGAUGAAUGCUUGAUGGUCGUUUGUGUGGAACUAAAUGCAUUAUCACUCUCAGUUUUUGUUGAAAAAAAAAUUUAUUUUAUUUUUUUGUAUAAAUGGAUCAA